GCCCAGGCGGCUAGGGAGGGACUUCUUAGCAAAUCACCACGAAUCACGCUCAGCCGAGCACGCAUCAAUCUUCGCCUUUACAGCGUCAAUUCCAGACCGCGAACGUGGUAGCGCUGGGAUAUAUUCGUCCGCGCAUCCAGCCUCCCAGUGCUCGGGAAUCGGCUUCUCGUGCGGAUCUGGGGCAUACUUGCGUCGACUUGCGACAGCGACACACAACGUCCUUGUAUAUACCUACUUCUAGCAUCUACAGAGGCGCUCGAGCGGGAACACUGCACGCUUAUUACCAUGUCCCUUAAACAAGAAAUCGAGACAUGGGUAGCUGCUCUCGGGCAUUAUGACAAUAACGAGUUCGACGAAUCCCUCAAGUCUUUCGACAGCAUUGCAGAUACCUCCAAGAUUCUCUUCAACUGCGGUGUAAUACAUGCAACGCUCGGUGAGCAUGAGAAAGCGGUCGAUUGUUACCAGCGCGCCGUCCGGCUGGAUCAGUAUCUGGCUGUUGCAUACUUCCAGCAGGGAGUUUCGAACUUCUUGAUGGGCGACUUCGAGGAGGCGCUGGCGAACUUUAAUGACACUCUUCUCUAUCUUCGGGGAAACAACAACAUCGACUACGAACAGUUGGGCCUAAAAUUCAAGUUAUAUUCGUGUGAGGUUUUGUUUAAUCGCGGCCUGUGCUACAUAUAUCUGCAACAGAAAGACGCGGGUAUGCAGGAUCUGUCUUUCGCUGCAAAGGAGAAGGUCGUACCAGAUCACGACGUGAUUGACGAGGCGAUCAGAGAAGAAGCUGAGGGUUACACAGUGUUCUCCAUACCAGUUGGUAUUGUAUACCGCCCUAACCAGGCGAAAGUCAAGAAUCUAAAGACCAAGGACUAUCUGGGCAAAGCACGUCUAGUUGCCGCGUCUGACCGCGCAAAUGCAUUCACGGGCUUCGCUGGAACGGAAAUGAAGAGAAUACAAGAAGGUCUAGUGGCCUCUGCGAAAGACGAUCGACCAGAAGAUAAGCUUUCCUUCGCUGCAACCAACCUUGUCAAGCCGGGGCUGGCAUCACGAAGUCGGCAACAAUCAGAACCUCCGAUCUCUCGAAAUAUGUUCCCACCUACACCUCCCCCAGAGACUGAAACUCGCCCUGUCGAAAAGUACGCUACUGGCCAAAUGACACGGGCACAGUCAGUCCGUGGAGGUGGACCGAAGCCUCAACCGCUAGAACUUGGACGUGCUGCCUUCGAACUAAAGCCCACGCGAACAGGAACUCAAAGAUCGGCGUCGGAACGCCCUCGCACCGAUAGGGACAGGGCAAUGUCAAGGGAACGCGAACGCGAACGGGGGUCAUCAAGGUCACGAGACGAACGGGCAGAUCGUUCAGAUCGUUCACGACGGUAUCAGUCCGACGAAGACUCUCUCGAGGAGGACGUGUAUGAUAUGUACCAACCUCGUCGGUCCAACCAAUCCACUUACUCGAGAAAUUCAAAGUCAAGACGACCUAUGUAUAUUGAGGAAGAGGAUGAAGACGAUCUCGACGACGACAUAGACGGAGCACAAUUCGAGAUGGUUUCCCGGCAAAAGUCCAGACGUGAAGCUCCUACUCGCUCGGGGACCACCAGGAGAGGAGGGACUGAUGUCUCGAAAAUCCGAGUGAAAGUUCACGCUGAAGAUACCCGCUAUGUUUUGAUAGACCCCAAUCCCGCCUUCGCCGUUUUUGCAGAUCAGAUCAGAACGAAAUUCGGCAUCCGUAAGAACUUCAAGAUCAAGAUCAAGGACGAAGAUGAUAUGAUCACUAUGGCUGAUCAAGACGAUUUGGACAUGGCUACUAUGACCGCACUUGCAUCUGCAAAACGUGAGAAGGCUGACAUGGCAAAGAUGGAGGUGUGGAUUCAAGAAGUUUGAUCUAGGCAGCGGUUCUGGUUAUACCCCGACUUAUGGCGUCGAUGAAUCUCCUUCGUGGUUACUCUGAGCGAGCAUACUCACGAAGAAAUGGCGUUUAUUUACAGGCAUAGUCUUUGAUCUAAUAUUAUAUCAUAUAGGUUUGCCGAGGGUCAUCGGCUGCGUAGAUAUUGUACUGCUUAGCGGUCUUGCUAUUUACAGAGCUGAGUUGAAUAGCCUAGUAUUGAACACUUCUACGUUCGACUGUGACUGUCAAAGCGCGGCUUAUUCCAGACCUCAUUCUGAUUUCCUUCUCUCAGUGGCCAAACGUCAAUGUGGAAGUCGCG